AUGGCGAGUUGGAUAUUUCCUCUCGAUGGCACCUGGAAGCGUCUGGGAUCUGCGGCCGGCCUCGAGCAGUCUGAGGAGAUUGACGGUGGCAGUGGAAACCAUUGUUUUUCGGGUUGUUUGAAUAUAUUUCGAAGUCUACAAGACUGUGCAUCAAAAUACUUCCGAAAACUAUUGCCAGCCAUGCAACGCAAAUGUGAUUCAGUAUCUGAUUCACCAAAUUGUCUAGCAGAAACGACUCAAAUUGGUCUUGAGCCAUUCCGAUCCCAGCUUCCUUCAACUCAAAGGUGCCCGAUAUGUAGGGGCCCAUGCAGAAACUCAGAAGUUGUCAGCCUUCAGUUUGAGUUAUUGACGCCUCCAGAGGGUACGAAGCUAUCUUGGGUGAAGGAACCUUCCCGUCUCCCCCAGUAUUGCGUGGGAGAAUAUGUGUCCGCGGGGAUUGGUCCACAAGCAGACACAAGCGUUCAUUUUGCCUUGCGUGGAAUGAGUGCAACAUUGUUGGUUGCUUUUUUCGAUGCAAUUUUACAGCUAUCACUGCAUCAGAUGCGGUUGUCUAUGGCUCGUGCAAAUGUCAAUGCGCUCCUGGAAGCAGAUGCCAGGCGGGAAAGAGAACACGAACUGCUGAAGAAUCGCGUAUCAGUGUUAGAGGACGAGAUCCACUCUCACGUUUCGAGGGCAACAGAAGCUGAGGCGAGGGCAGCUGACUUUCGCACACGACUGGUCAGAGCGAAUGCAUCCAAAGACAGACUCGCUGCAGAGCUGGUACAAGCCAAAAAACAGCUCGACAUUGAAUCCACCAGGAGGCAAUAG